AUGAAUACAAUCAAUAUCUACUGCUGCAUCAUUUUCAUUCUUUUCAGUAUAACAGUUCAAAACAAAUCUCAAAUAUGUAAGAACACACCUCAAUAUGGUGAAUGUUCAACAAACAGUGCAUGUGGAUUCUUUCAUAUAAUAGGUGCUAAUAAUAAUACAGGCAUUUGUGGUUUUCGCUGGCCAACAUGUUCCCGUCUUGUACUGUGUAAUUCAUCAGACUAUUCAUGUUCUCAACCUAAUACGACGUGUGUUCAACAUCCACAAUGUAAUAAUCUUCCUGUUUGCUAUCCAGUUACAAUGACUGAUCAAAGAAUCUGUCCACCAAUGAAAAACAAGACCAAUCUUAAAUGGAAACAAAAUGCUAUCACUGUGGCUGGUGGAAAUGGAGAAGGACCAAAAUUAGAUCAACUCAGUAGCCCUGAUGGAAUCUUUAUUGAUAAAAAGAAAAAUAUUUUCAUUGCUGAUCACGGCAAUCAUCGUAUUGUUGAAUGGAAAUACAAUGCAAAAGAAGGACAAAUCAUUGCAGGUGGAAAUGGCAAUGGAAAUCAAAUGGAUCAAUUGUAUUAUCCAAUAGAUGUGAUUGUUGACCAACAAAAUCAUUCAAUCAUCAUUGCUGAUCCUGGGAAUAGACGUGUGAUUCAAUAG